AUGUGUCGCUCGUCGAAGCAGAAAAUCCAAUGUUUGUGUCUGUCACAUGUUGGAGACGUGAGGAUCAGACGCAGAAAGAGAGGACCAGGAGAGGACCAGGAGAGGACCAGGGGAGAACCAGAAGGGGACCAAGAGAGGACCAAGAGAGGACCAGGAGAGGACCUGGAGGGGACCAGGGGAGAACCAGGAGGGGACCAGGAGAGGACCAGGGGAGGACCAGGACAGGACCAGGAGAGGACCAGGGGAGAACCAGAAGGGGACCAAGAGAGGACCAAGAGAGGACCAGGAGAGGACCUGGAGGGGACCAGGGGAGAACCAGGAGGGGACCAGGAGAGAACCAGGAGAGGACCAGGAGAGGACAAGGAGAGGACCUGCAGGGGACCAGCGGAGAACCAGAAGGGGACCAAGAGAGAACCAGGAGGGGACCAGGAGAGGACCAGGAGAGGACCAGGAGAGGACCAGGAGAGGACCAGGAGAGGACCAGGGGAGGACCAGGAGAGGACCAAGAGAGGACCAAGAGAGGACCAGGAGAGGACCAAGAGAGGACCAGGAGAGGACCAAGAGAGGACCAGGAGAGGACCAGGAGAGGCCGGUGGAUGGUCCUCAGAGUGUCAGUGUGAUGAACACUGUAUUAAAAAUGACAGACUCCAGCUGCAUUCUCCACUUUCACACUUCACCGUGCAUAAGUGGCGUCCGUGCAUCUCGCCGCCGGCGCCACGUUAA